AUGGCCCGUGACUUGAGAAGAAUCAGAGUGGAGAGUGAGAAGUUUUACAGGAGCGACAGUGGUAGGAUGUAUUCGCGACGGUUCACUGUGCACGGGAUUUCGUCACUACCAGCUGAUCGUCUAAUGAUUGAGGAGGUGAAUGAGACGGUGGCAGAAUAUUUCAAGAGGCAUCAUCAUAUCACACUGAAGUAUCCAGAGCUGCCUUGUGUGAAGGUUGAUCAAAAGCGGGAGGUGUAUAUGCCUAUGGAGUUGUUGAACAUACUACCGUAUCAAGCUCCUAAUGCGAGUAAAGCGGAUGUUGCUAGCGAAGUGAUCCGGUGUUCGGCAGUUCGACCACAGGAACGUUUCCAAGAGCUGCAAAACUUUGCUAACAAUAUGCUGAAGUCACACCCACUGAUCCAACAAUUUGGUUUGGCGAUCGAGCCGAGGCCAGUGGAAGUGAAGGCACGUGUUCUGCAGCCGCCAAGUGCUAAAUUUGGUCGUUCCGGUGUGCAACCGCUGAAGGCAGGUAGCUGGAUGUCACCUGACUUUCAUGAGCCAGCUGGCAAGGGAGUGGAGCUGAUGUGGGCCAUACUUUGUGUUCCACCUAAUCAGCGGUCUCAGAGUCACAUACAAAAGGUGAUGUCAGAAAUGCCUAGAGCAGGAAUGUGUACUUGGUCGUACUCUGGAGAAGGCGAACGUUUGCCCGAACCUGUUACUGAAGCUGAAUGGGAAAUUGGGUGGUGUGAACUGGCAGAUCCCCGACCUGAUUAA